AUGCUUUUCCAAUGCCGCUCCUCCGAGAUGGAGACCCCUCUGGAGGUGUUUGCACGAAGCCUCGGCCAGAAGGAGGAGGAAGCCACGGCGACGCCCGAGCAACUCUUCGGUAUGUACGUGCUUCCGGUGGAUGCACUGCUGAAGAUGACGGAGCUGAAGCCGCAUGAAAAGCUGAUGCUGGAUGGUGUCUUGGUGGAGUUCGACGACAGCAAGGGCAACGCCAUGUUCGUGUCACAUCAGUGGGCUGGAGUGGACCAUCCAGAUCCGGAGCUUCAGCAAUUCAAAGUUCUACAAAAGGCACUGAAGAACGCCAUGUCGGGAGCUUCCGUGAUCUCGGGCAACAUCAGUAUCGAGCUCUACACCGGACAGCAGACGUGCGUUUCUGCGAAGGACCUGUCUUCGAAGCCGCUGUUCGUAUGGUAUGACUUCAUCUCCUGUCCUCAGUCCUCUUGGCGGUCUGCCGACCGCCAGUUGGCGAUCAGCAGCAUUCCAGCCUACGUUGACCGCUGUCAGUUUUUUACAAUCCUCUGCCCCCAUGUCCGCCAAGAGCAGAAGGAGAUUUUGCUGAAUCGCCGCAGCUGGGAAAGCCGUGGCUGGUGUAGGUUGGAGCGCAUGGCGCGAGAGUUGAGCACCCGCGCAGACACCGGGGUCUCCAUCGAGAUCCAGGGUGCCACUUACCAGGCGCAGGCGCCUGCUUUUGGAUUCGUGCAGGCGCCGGUGGGCGAAGGGAGCUUCACGGUGCAUAGAGACAAAACGAAGAUAGCCGCGGUGUUGCAGAGAAUGGUUCGGCGGAAGCUUCAUUACUAUGUGGUCCAGGGGGAUCUUCACCAGUACCGGCUUAUGCUGAACCUGCAAAGGGUCCACUAUCGCAAUCUCGACGCUGUUCCUCUCGAGGGCCUCGUGCCGGGCUUCGUCUCAAAUCUCCAAGAUCCUGCGAGCUUCGCGGCCGCCAGCUUCCUGUUUCAGAACGGCUUCCGAUCGGUCGAUGAGCGCACUGCCGAAGGGUGGACGCCGAUUUGCUUAGCGGCCCUCGAUGGCAGUCCCAUGCUCAUCUCUGCCUUACUGGAGCAGCGUGCGGACGUGAAUGACCGAAUGAAGCAGAGAGAGCCCGCCAGCCAGUUCGGACAAGAGACGCCCUUGCUCCACAUGUGCGCCUUUCUUACGAACAACGAGGCCCUGCGUGUGCUCAUCAGCAGCCGAGCUGAUGUCACCUCGAAAGAUGGCUUCGGCGCAUCGCCUCAUCACUGGGCGGCUUUCUCCAACAACGUGGAGGGUAUCAAAGCCCUCUGCACGGCUGGCUGCAGCCCUACCGAUGUAAACAUGCUUGGCUACUCGCCGUUCCGAGUCGCAGCUUCCGUGGGCCGCGUGGACGCCAUGCGGGCCCUUCUUCCCUACACGCCGAAGGAUGAGAUCGACCUGGCGCUGCAUGCCGCGAUGCUGCAGGGAGGCGGAUCUGCAGAGGUCAUGUCCACCUUGAUCAGCUUGGGAGCUGACGUGAACCUGCAGCUGACGAUUCCCCUCUUCAGCCCCCUUGGGAUCUGGUUUGGCUGCCUCAGUUUGAGGCAUCGUUGGAAGACCUCCGUGCUGAGUUCCUACGCCUACCACCACUACCAAGCAACGCCCCUCAUGUGCAGCGUCAUCACCGGAUCCUUUGAGGCGACUGCGACCCUCCUGGGCGCAGGGGCACGGACGGACCUGCGAAACGCGCGGGGGCUUACGGCGGAGGAGCUGGCGCGUGAGACCAGCGCCCCUGACUACAUCAUACGGGCUUUGCAGGGCCACGGGGAUGCGCGCGAGAAACUCGUAAAGGACGUGAAGAAGAUUGCAAAGCUGGAGUCUAAGCUGGAUGUGACAGAUCCUGAUGAGGACCUUGCACUCAUCAGCAGCGAGUUAGUUUGA